AUGGUGAUUAAAGGAAAUGAGAAGGAUCCCAAGUCUGAACUACAUCACACUUCAAAUUCCAACACUCGAUUGCUACUAGAUUUCAUGAAGCUUUCCAAGGAUGAAACGGUUCGUGAACAAUCAAGUAAUGUAGUUGGUGAUAGUGAAAGUGUAGAUGAUGAGAAUACAAAGAUAGAGGCAAAAACUUUUUCAUGCAACUUUUGCAAGAGAGAGUUCUCUUCCUCACAAGCUUUAGGAGGGCACCAAAAUGCACAUAAACAAGAGCGUGCUUUGGCAAAACGUCGUCAAGGCCUUGAAGCUGGUGGGUUUGGGCACUUUCCCUGUUAUCCUUACCCAACCCUUUAUAACACUCAUUCCUAUUAUGGAGGACCCUAUAAUAGGGCACUUGGAGUCCGAAUGGACUCCAUGAUUCACAAGAAUUCUUGGGCUUCACAUGAAUUUAGGAAUGAUCAUAUUUGGUCAAGGAAAGGCCAGGAAAUACUUAAUUCUUCACUGUUUGAUCCAAUUUUGAAGAAGGAUGCAAGUCCAAGUUUAAGGGUAGAGGCUGAUAAUGGCACUAGAGAAACACUUUCCCUUUUUGAAAUUAUUGCUACCAAUUCAUCAAGCCAACUCAUAAACCCAACUCUAGCAAUCAAAGGUAGCGAUGAUCAUCCCAUACCAAAACAAACCUCCAAAGCAACAUCUUUCAAUCUUGAUUUGUCACUUAAGCUUUGA